AUGCCAACUGGCCGAGAUAUCCUCGAUGCGACGCGAUUGCUGUGCACUAGAGCUCUGAAAGUGAAAUCAGAGAGGUCGUGUUUGGAAGGAGCAACUUCUUCUUCGAGCGAGUCGUCGUUAAAGAGAGAGUUAGGCGCAUUGGAUUUGAUUUUCUUCGGCAUAGGUGGUGUCGUUGGAGCCGGCGUGUUUGUCUUGACUGGCGCUGCGGCACAAGUACACGCAGGGCCGGCAGUUGUUAUUUCGUAUUUACUCGCGACAAUAACGUCCUUGAUUACGGCGACAGCAUACACUGAGUUUGCCAUACAAAUUCCUGUCACCGGCUCUGCCUAUAAUUACAUCGCCUUGACCUUUGGCGAAUACAUCGCUUUCAUCACUGGAUGUAAUCUCGCUCUCGAACUUACCAUUGCGGGCGCCGCCGUUGCUCGUGGAUUUACAAGUUACUUCUCGACUCUCAUCGGGCAAAGUCCGAACGCUCUUCGCUUCGUCGUGUACGAGUCUUUGAUUGAGAUUGAUGUCGUCGCAUUCUUAUUGGUGGGCGUUUUAACUGUAUUACUUGUCGUCGGCAUGAAAGAGACGGCGAAGUUUAAUAUUGCAGUGACGAGCGCAGCAUUACUUUCGGUCGUUUUCGUACUAAUCACCGGAAGUACGAGUGUAGACGAGGAGAAUUGGAAACCGUUCGUACCUCCGGAGUUUGGAUUCCGAGGUAUUCUUUCUGGCGCUUCGAUGGUAUUCUUCGCGUUUGUCGGUUUCGAUACCGUGGCGACGUUAGCAGAGGAAACGAAAAAGCCAAGCAGAGAUUUGCCGAUUGGAAUUUUGGGGUCACUCACAAUAUGCGGAUGUUUGUAUUGCUUUAUGGCGUUGGUGAUUACUGGCAUGGUCCAUUACACGGAGAUUAACGUUGAUGCUCCUUUUGCGGUUGCUUUUGAUAACAAUCACGAACAUUGGGCCUCCGUAGUCGUUUCCGUUGGUGCUGUUUUUGCAAUCACGACAAGUUUACUCUCUUCGUUGAUGGGGCAGCCGAGAGUUUAUAUGACAAUGUCCAGAGAUGGUUUGCUCCCAGAGUGGUUUGCGCAAGUAUCGCCUCGAUUUGGAACACCCGCAAAUGCAUCCAUUUUCACCGGAGUCACAACCGGCUUGCUCGCUUUAGUUGUAGAUAUAGAUAUUUUAGCGCAAUUAGUUUCAAUAGGCACGCUCUCAAUAUUUUUGAGCGUUAACAUGGGGCUGUUGGUGCGUCGAUACACACCAAAAGAUGGGACUUCUUUCAAAGACAGAUCGCCUGCGUUGCUGAGAUGUGCACUUCUUUGUGCGUCGUCGAUGAUAUUCUCGGGAUUGUACAUACAAAAUGAACCGUCCUGGUCGCUGAUUGUCAUGGCAGUAUCUAUAGUCCUAGAAACUGGCUCGUUCUAUAUGCUCGAUGUGGAAGAAAUGAAUAUUCCGACGGCGGGUGAUUUCAAAACGCCUUUCGUGCCGUGGUUACCGGCGCUGGGUGUUUUAGCGACGAGUCAGUUGUUGGUCAGUUUAGGCGCUGUCGCCUGGGUGCGAUACAUCUUGUAUACUUCGAUAUGCACGAUUGGAUAUUGCGUAGCUAAUAUCUUAAAAAUAAGAGAUGGGAGAAUAAAUUGGAGCGAUGAAAUCGCAGUGAGUGAUGCGAUGUACGCGUCGCCGUAUUCGAAUUCCUCCAAGGUUCGCUUCGUUGAACUAACAGACAUGUCGGACGCAGAUGAGUAG